AUGAGUUGUGUAGCUGCAAUUGCUGAUUAUAAAUUUGCCUAUUCUGGAAACGGUGAUUAUGUCUCUGCUUUAAAUGGGGAGGCCGAGCUUGGACCAAGUGAAUUAAAUUGCGAAGCUCCACUCCCUAAAUUUUCUUAUGGUAAUCAUUAUUACCUUCCAUGA